AUGUCAAUUCCGAACUUCACUUUCGGUACCUCAAUCAAUACACGCGGUACAGGAAAAUUCAAACAAAAGCGUGAUGUGAUAGGCUUCCGAAUGCGUUGCAACAUUAGACGUAUAUUCACUUUCGCAUUUGUUGCGUUUGGCGCUACACUCGUACUUCUUUCCCUUCCUCGUGAUAAUUUUGGACGAGAAUGGGAUGAAGCACCAAGGUCAAGUGAAUCGCAAUUCUUAGCAGCGAACCGGCGAGAUUCAGGUUUACGUCCUGCAAUGGUUGGUCCGCAAAUGUCAUUCCAGAAACAGCCGAAUCCGCCAAGUUUAAUCCGAAAGGAAAUUGAAGAAGAUCCAUUUGACUUUCCGUCGCAUGUCAAUCGGGUUGUGCUAAACAAACUAUAUAAUUUCCUCAAAGGGAGGGAUUUACUUGCAAUGGCAGCAUCAGAAUGUCAUGAGAAUAGUACAUUAGCCGAAUAUUGGAUGAAAACUAAACAAAAAUCUGUCCCUACACGAGAUUCAUGGGAAAGAUUUUAUGCUCAGAUUGGUACAUGUGGUGUGUAUAGUGAUGAUAAAACUGUAGAUGAUCUUCUAACAGAUCUCAAUCGUGCCACAAUUAAAGCAGUUCAUAUUAUGGACGGUGGAACUCAGGCGAAACUUGUAUUUACGUUCGAAAAUGACAAACAAGCUGUUUUCAAGCCGAUGAGGUUCGGUCGUGACUAUGAGUCAGAUCCGAAUCAUUUCUACUUCAGCGACUUCGAACGCCAUAACGCUGAAAUAGCCACUUUUCAUUUGGACAGGGUUCUUGGAUUUCGACGUGCUGUACCAACAGUUGGACGAAUUGUCAACAUAACAUCGGAACUUUAUGAUAAAGCAGAGAAAAAAUUGAAGAAAACGUUUUUCAUUUCACCUGCAAAAAAUCGUUGUUUUGUGUCACGUUGCGACUAUUACUGUGAUACAACGCACGCAAUUUGUGGUUUACCCGAUCUUAAAGAAGGUUCGGUGCAAGUUUUUCUUCCGGACGAAGGCGUAGUUCCACGACGACAUAACCGAAGCCCGUAUCGAAGAACAUACUCAAAAAAGAAUCAGAUUGCUGAAUGGCAAUCUGACAUGAAUUACUGUACCGACAAAGUGAAAGUGAAGAAACAGUACGCUCAUGGUCGAAAGCUGUUGGAUCUCGUCGAUCUCCAUAUUCUCGAUUAUUUGAUAGGUAACCAAGAUCGUCACCAUUAUGAGUCGUUCGCUGUUUUCGAGAAUCUACCUUCCUAUGCGAUCCACUUAGACAAUGGACGAGCGUUUGGUAGAACGGAUAUCGAUGAUGACGAUAUUAUACUACCCUUACGACAAUGUUGUGUAAUUAGGCCAUCCACAUUAAACACGUUAUUACAAUUCUAUUCGCAACCACAAGCUCUCACUAAAACUCUACAUGCUUCACUCAUCAAGGAUCCGGUCGCUCCAAUUUUGGCCUACAAACAUUAUGUUGCCAUCGAAAGGAGAUUGGGAAAAUUGAUGGAAUUCAUACUAGAAUGUUUCAAACAAAAACCAGUUGAACGAAUUCUCAUCACGGAAUUCCACAAUGCUAAUGUUCCGGAAGCUAAUGUUGAAGAAGAGGAACGUAGCGAAGAGGAAACGGGUGAUAAAAAGGAGGAUAAAAAAAAUAGUCAUAUAGUCAGAUGA